AGAAAAUAUUUUUUUGCAUAGUGUGUGGAAAACGUAAUCGUUUCUUCCCUAACUCUUCAGUUUAUUAUUUGCCUGGAAGUAUUUACAAUAGACAACAAUGCCUGGCCGUUCCUUAGACUACAGGUACUCAGUACUGAACAAUGAGAACGCCAAGUUCCUCACUUACGUCAUCAUCGUCUUCAAUAUCGUCUUUGCGAUCCUGGGAUCCGUGAUGAUUGCUCUGGCGCUCUACAUGCUCUUCGAAACAGACUUCAGGAGGUUCAUCGUUGACCUGGGUAUGGAGAAGGAGUAUUGGACGGGCGUUUACAUUCUGUUGGCCGCCGGCAUCCUAACGAUGCUGCAGACUUUCUUCGGGGUCCUAGGGGCCUAUCAAAAGAAAAAAACCAUGCUGCUCAUAUUUGCCGUGAGCUCGUUCGUGUGCAUCGUGCUUGAGAUCGCCGGCGCGACGUACAUGCUCAAGCAUGGCAUCAGCUACUCGAGCAUCGAAGUGUUCCUCUAUGAUCGCUUCAUGUACUUCAUCAGCGUCUACGAUACCGACGAGCAGGCCAAACGAACUAUGAGCAUCAUACAAGAAUGGCCCAUUAAAUGGUACAAGAAAGGCUACGGCUACGUGGGCUGCGUGCGGGGCUUCACUUUCUACAUCGAGGGCAUGACGGGCUGGAUCAGCGCCGUCGCCCUCAUCCUCGCCUUCCAGCAAGUUUUCGCGUGCAUCGCUGCGGUGAUUCUGGCGAUGGUGAAGCAGGAGUUCAAGUCGAGCACGCGAGACUUGCGACGCUGAUGGAGGCAUGCUCGCGGGUGCUGAGUGUUUAAUUAAUGUAUUUCAGUCUGCCUUAGUGAAAAAAAUUACCAUGGGCGGAUGCCAUUAAUAAUUUACCAUGAACCAUGACCAUCAUCAUUCAAAUUAUUCAUCUCAACGAAUUUUUAUUUUUCUUAAAAAAUGUCAU